GGUGAAGCUCCAAGCAGUGAAACUGGCACAUCUUUGGAUAGCCCCUCUACUUACCGUCAAGGACCUAUAACACACAGUUCAGCUGUAAGUCCAGACCAUUACGAUCAUUCUGCUUACGGGCUGUAUUCUGUCUCCCCUGGACAACAAAGAUCUCGGAGGCCGAAACUUCAGCACUCAACGUCCAUACUGCGAAAACAAGCAGAGGAAGAAGCUAUUAAAAGGUCAAGGUCACUUUCUGAGAGCUAUGAACUCUCUUCAGACCUACAAGAUAAGCAGGUGGAAAUGCUAGAACGGAAAUAUGGAGGCCGUCUCAUAACUAGACAUGCUGCUCGUACUAUACAAACCGCUUUUCGCCAGUAUCAGAUGAACAAAAAUUUUGAGCGUCUUAGAAGUUCUAUGUCUGAAAAUCGUAUGUCAAGACGCAUUGUACUGUCCAAUAUGAGAAUGCAGUUUUCAUUUGAAGGACCUGAGAAAGUCCACAGCUCUUACUUUGAAGGAAAACAAGUUUCUGUUACAAAUGAUGGGUCAAAGCUGGGAUCCCUGGUACAGUCUGAAUGUGGUGACCUUGGAGAGUCAGCUACAAUGAAGUCUCCAGCAGCGUCUACUGAUUUUGCUGAUGCUAUAACAGAACUGGAGGAUGCUUUUUCCCGGCAAGUGAAAUCCCUUGCAGAGUCCAUUGAUGAUGCACUGAAUUGCCGUAGUCUACAUUCUGAUGAAGUCCAGACUUCAGAUCAAGUCAGAAGUCGUGAAAUGGAAAGGGAUAGUUGUGCUCAGACUAAACCAGCGAUUCACAAUGUGGAUCACAGGAAGCUCGAUGAGAUGACAGCAUCAUACAGUGAUGUUACAUUAUAUAUUGAUGAGGAAGAGUUAUCUCCACCCCUUCCACUUUCCCAGUCAGUAGACAGACCGUCCAGCACAGAAUCUGAUUUGAGGCUCCGGUCCGUGAACUCUUCUCAAGAGUACUGGUCCAUGACCAACAAAGAUGAUAAGAUAGACACUGAUACGAGCUGCAGGAGUACCCCAUCACUGGAAUGUCAGGAACAGAGGAUAAGAAUGGAUCAUCUACCAUUGCUAACUAUAGAGCCACCCAGUGACAGUUCAGUGGACUUGAGUGAUCGCUCAGAGAGAGGUUCACUAAAGAGACAAAAUGCAUAUGACCGAGGGAUCACCAGUCAACAAGGAAGCCCAAAACACACCCCUCACAGCAUCCCUGCCAAGAUUAUAUCCCGAGAGGAACAGGAGGCAAGACAUAGAGCUAGGCCUAUAGAUAGUCAUUUAGCUAUCAACGGCACAGCAAAUAGGCAAAGCAAGUCAGAGUCUGAUUAUUCUGAUGGAGACAAUGACAGCAUCAACAGCACUUCCAACUCUAAUGAUACAAUAAAUUGCAGCUCAGAAUCUUCUUCUAGAGACAGCCUAAGGGAGCAAACCUUGAGCAAACAAACAUACCACAAAGAAACUCGCAACAGCUGGGAUUCCCCUGCCUUCAGUAAUGAUGUUAUCAGGAAACGCCAUUAUAGGAUUGGACUGAACCUUUUUAACAAAAAACCUGAAAAAGGAGUCCAGUACCUAAUUGAGCGAGGUUUUGUGCCAGACACUCCAGUCGGUGUUGCCCACUUUCUCCUGCAAAGGAAAGGUCUCAGCAGACAGAUGAUUGGAGAAUUUCUAGGAAAUCGACAAAAACAGUUCAACCGGGAUGUCUUAGACUGUGUUGUGGAUGAGAUGGACUUCUCAACAAUGGAACUGGAUGAAGCACUCAGGAAAUUUCAGGCUCAUAUCCGUGUUCAAGGAGAAGCCCAGAAAGUAGAACGGCUCAUUGAAGCUUUUAGCCAGCGAUACUGUAUCUGCAAUCCAGGUGUUGUGAGACAAUUUAGAAAUCCCGAUACCAUCUUCAUUCUAGCUUUCGCCAUCAUACUGUUAAACACAGAUAUGUACAGCCCAAAUGUGAAACCAGAACGCAAGAUGAAGCUAGAAGACUUUGUCAAGAAUCUAAGGGGUGUGGAUGAUGGCGAGGAUAUCCCACGAGAAAUGCUGAUUGGGAUUUAUGAGCGAAUCCGCAAACGGGAACUGAAGACGAAUGAGGAUCAUGUAUCCCAAGUCCAGAAGGUUGAAAAACUCAUAGUAGGAAAGAAACCGAUUGGAUCUCUGCAUCAUGGACUUGGCUGUGUCCUCUCUCUACCCCACCGGAGGCUUGUUUGCUACUGUAGGCUGUUUGAAGUUCCAGAUCCAAAUAAACCUCAGAAGCUUGGAUUACACCAGCGAGAAAUAUUUUUAUUUAAUGAUCUUCUUGUGGUGACCAAGAUUUUUCAAAAGAAGAAGAACUCAGUCACAUACAGUUUUCGACAGUCCUUUUCCCUCUAUGGAAUGCAAGUUCUUCUUUUUGAGAACCAGUAUUAUCCCAACGGUAUUCGGCUCACAUCAGCUGUUCCAGGAGCAGAUAUCAAAGUACUAAUAAAUUUCAAUGCACCAAAUCCUCAGGACAGGAAGAAGUUUACAGAUGAUUUGAGGGAGUCAAUUGCAGAGGUUCAAGAAAUGGAAAAGCACAGAAUAGAGUCUGAGCUAGAAAAACAGAAGGGUGUGGUGCGUCCAAGCAUAUCUCAAUGCUCCAGUCUGAAAAAAGAUUCUGGAAACGGGACACUGAACAGAGCUUGCCUGGAUGACAGCUAUGCCACUGGGGAGGGGCUGAAAAGAAGCGCACUGAGCAGCUCCCUUAGAGACCUGUCUGAAGCCGGCAAGCGUGGGCGACGCAGCAGUGCAGGAUCGCUAGACAGCAAUAUGGAAGGGUCCAUCAUUAGCAGUCCUCACAUGCGCCGAAGAGCUACAUCAACCCGAGAGUGUCCAUCUCGCCCUCACCAGACUAUGCCUAACUCCUCCUCACUCCUAGGUUCCUUAUUUGGUAGUAAAAGGGGAAAGCCACCUUCCCAAGGCCAUCCACCAUCUGGCUCAUCCCAGCAACCUCUGCACCCUCCAGUAAUCCCACAUCAGCAACACUCACAGCAUCCUUCUGCUGUGCAUCAUGCAGGGCCAGUUGAGGGGCAGACACAGGCACAAGUGUACUCUCACCAUUCGCAAUACUGUCACAUGCAGCAGAACCCACCUCCCUACCACCACCACCACCACUACCACCCUCCCCAGCACAUCCAGCACCCACACCAGUAUCACCAACACGUGCCCCAUUCCCAGCACGCAGUGCACUCCCAGCACACUCCUUACAUGCAGCAUCCCCAUGCGCAGCACACCCACUCUCCUCACCCACCACUGCCCCCUCCGCACCCAGGACACCCCUCUCAUCCCCAACACCCUCAGCAUCACCAUGGACCGCCACCGCCUCCCUCCACUUCAGCCACCACUAAGCCCAAACACAGCGGCAUCAGCACAAUAGUCUAGAACAUGUUAACCCUCCUAGUAACUAUAGUUUUAAACAAAGUCACAAAGGCACUUACAGGAAGCAACAAAUCGUAUUGUCAGUUUUUACCUAGGCAACUUAAUUGAGCUGUGUGAGCUUAAAGGCUUGCUGUUGCUAAAAUAAUUCAAGUUAGCACCAUCAAUAACUGGUUUUACUUAUCUACUCGAUAGACGCUUACCAUCUGGUUAGUUCUUCUUUCCAAACUGCCUUGAAAACAUGCUGCUUGCUGACUAUGAGUAAAGCUACCUUUUACACCAAAUCCCUUGACAAUUUUACACGUGUAAUAAAACCUUAGUCUGUGAAAAAAGGAAAAAAGUGAUACAGAACCAAGUGUUGCAUUCUUGCUCUUUUAUUGUCAAUGGGCAAAAAAAAUAAGUAGACC